ACGUAUGUGACUUGAUAUUUGAAUUUGGUGGAUUAACUGUGGGGCACAAUGUGGCCUGUAGGUGGCGGUGGUGCAACGUACAAAAAAAUUACCCAUCGUUACACUUAAGCGCAGAAGAGCACCAGGCCUGUGGGGGGCAGUAUCGAGCGUGACGUCACCAAAGUAAACUAAUUCUAACGCGAUAUCUUUAUGUUGGCGGUUAUUCGAGGACUUAGACCGCGUGCACACGCUCGCUUUGCUGGUAGCUAAAAACAAGUUGAGGCGCUAAGUCUAACCGUUCUGUUUGUUUACAGGGGAAACACCUGAUGGACACAGCAUGUCUGCAGCUCGACUGUCUGGGCCGGGACAGAUAACCGACUACCUUUACAUCAGCAACGGUAAGACGGCUAAAGACAGCUCGGUGUUGACCCGCCUCCACAUCAGCUGCGUCAUUAACGCGACCCAGGAUGCGGACACGCCCUGCGGCCCCGCUGUGGAGUAUCUCCGGGUUCCUGUCGCAGACUCUCCUGCAGCUCAGAUCCGCGAACAUUUCGACAGAGUCGCAGAUAAGAUCCAUGCUGUUGAAGCUGAGCGCGGCCGAGUCCUGGUGCACUGCUGUGCAGGAGUGAGCCGCUCCGCCACGCUGUGUCUCGCCUACCUGCUGAAACACCGCGACAUGUCUCUAGUGGACGCGCACGCGCUGGUCAGGGCGCGCAGGCCGAUCAUUCGCCCCAACAGCGGCUUCUGGGAACAGCUGAUUGACUACGAGCGCAGAUUACGCGGAGUGAACUCUGUGAUGAUGGUGGACUCGCCGCUGGGACUGAUUCCGGAUCUGUAUGAAAAGAGCACGAGAGAUUUAAUACCACUUUAAACCUUUACCACUUUUAAUACCAUUUAAUACCACUUCUAACUCUAAAUACCAUCUGUGGAAAUGAAGCCCACCAAAGAUCACCCGAGUUACACAAUCGCCUGAGUGGGAAACUGCAUGAUGAGGCUGGUUUUCUGUUAAGACCACUAAACACGUCAGUCCUGGUUUGCCAAAAAAUAUGUGAAAAUGCUUUAAUUCUUUUUUGACCUCAGUUAACCUCUUUCAUUUCUAAAACAUUUUUGUAAUUAAAUGAUACACAACAUAUAUACAAAAAUAUAAAAGUGUUUGUCCAAACUUGCUAUGACACUGUAUCCAAAUACAUACAUUACAAUAUGGAGUUGGUCCCCUUUUGCAGCUAUAAGAGCUUCCACUUCUUUCGGAAGGCUGUCCACAAGAUUUUGGAGUAUUUUUGUGGGAAUUCAUGCCCGUUCAUUCUGUAGAGCAUUGAUGAGGUCAUAAAUGAUGUCCAUUCCAGUUCACUUUAAGUAAAGGUGCUCUGUCCGGCUGGGGUCAGGGCUCUGUGCAGGCCAGUCGAGUUCCUCCACACCGAACUCAUCAAACCAUGUCUUUAUAGUCCUUGCCUUGUGAACUGUGUGUUGGUGGCCUUUAUAUCUGGCUUAUUUUAGAGUAAAAGCACAGUUAUUUGGCACAACGGAUGUUCGUAUUCACAUUCCAGCGGCUUUUCAGAAGGAAAUAAAAUGUCUUCUAAGAAGAGAACAUUAUUUGGUUACAUUUCAAAAAACUUUAUUUAAAAUGUAUCCUAUUAAUAAAAUAAUUAUUUUGUAGUAUAACUUUUAACUUAAGAGGUUAUAAAUGCUAAAAAAUUAAAAUGCGCUCGUCAAUAAGCCUGUUUAGCGUAUGU